AUGGAUCCUCCAUUCAUUCAAGCGAUCACAGUGGAUGUAAAGAUCACCAGCAUCCUUCCUAAUCCUUGCAGGUUUAGAGGAGGCACAAUUCUUUUCUUGAGAUCUCAGGGACCUCAUCUUCUUGCUCCAACAGGAAGUGACCUUCAUCGUUAUGGUCAGGAGGGCACUGUCUUUGCUGGGUAUCACUAUGAUCUUAAUUUUCUAACAAUCCAUGGCAGAAGCAGAUUCCCUGGUCUAUAUAUUUGGCUUAGAAAUGGGCAAAAAGUUGAAGUCAAAGUACCGAUUGGAUGUCUUCUCAUUCAGACUGGAAAGCAGAUUGAAUGGCUGACUGCUGGUGACUGCAUAGCGGGCAUGCAUGAAGUAGUUGUCACAGAAAGGACAAGGGAUGCAAUUAAGCUUGCAUCAGAGCAAAAUCGCAGUCUCUGGAGAGUCUCUUCAACUUUAUUUGCUCAUAUAGCAUCUGAUGCUGUCUUGAAUCCUCUUGGCCACUUUGCUGAAUCCCCACAUGCCCACAAGUAUCCACCUAUGUUGGCAGGAGAAUAUGUCGAGAAAGAGCUUUCAGUGAUUAAUCUGAAAGGACAAAAAGGAGAGCCUUUAUAAUCAAACUUCGUAUCAUUGUUCUACCACAGAUGCCAAUAGCCAACCAUUACAGAUUGACCGAAAGGAACCAAGAGAAAUAAACUUCAGCUGAACAUUUUUACAGUGCUCUGUACAUUGGUCUAAUUUUUAUGGAUCCUCCAUUCAUUCAAGCGUAUUUUAUAUUUAAACACCCCCUCCCUCGCUAAGCAUGUUUGAAAUCAAGAACAUUCUUCAUUGAUAAUGUGCGAUAACAAAAAACUCGUAAUGCCAGUAUAGUUG